UUUUUUCUUCUUCUUCUACUCGAUCCUAUCACCAGGAUGGACCAGACCGGAUCUUCUCAGCACCAGCCCAGCCAACCGGUGAUCUACAAGGUUCAAGUGACUACAGGGAAAGGCCUUUUAACCGGGACUUUCGAUUUGAUCUCCAUCAUCUUGGUGGGCACCAACGGAGAAAGCCCUAAGAUAUAUCUGAACCAGUUUGGGAUGAUCUGCUGUCAAGGAUCGGUGGCUGAAGUGGACCUGCCCUGCGACCGGGACUUGGGACCCCUCUUGCUGAUCCGCCUGCAGAAGGAACCAUACUCUUGCUUCCCCGAGAGCAGCUGGUACUGCGAUACCGUCCAGGUGACCAGUCCUCAAGGAGAAGUCUUCCGCUUCCCGUCUUACCAGUGGAUUGAGGGUUACUGUACGGUCUCCUUCAGAGAAGGAACAGCUCACCUCCCUUCAGACGACACUCACUGUCUUCAGCGGAGGCAUCGUCAGGAGGAGCUCCAACUGCGGCAGAGAAAAUAUGGGUGGAAGGAAUACUUGGCAAAGGUACCCUGGUGUGCCGACAUCGACACCCUGGUCACGAUUGAGUACAACAUUGAAUACUCCUUCCCUAAGUCAACGGCUUUUUUCGGACGGGGGUCAACUGCCCUACUUGAGGCCAAAAUGAAGGGCUUCCUCAACAAACCAUACUCCUGGGAGAAGCUGGAGGACAUUCGCAAGAUCUUCUGGUUCUACCACACUCCUGUCUCAGAGUUCGUGUUUAAGCACUGGAAGGACGAUGCCUUCUUUGGCUACCAGUUUCUGAACGGAAUCAACCCGAUCAAAAUCCAGAAAUGCGUCAAUAUCCCAGAAAAUUUCCCUGUCACUCAGGAGAUGGUGGCGGGCACUUUGGGAAGAUCGACCACCCUGGAGGAAGAACUGAAAAAAGGGACCAUCUACCUGGUGGACUACAAGAUCCUGGAGAACGUCCCCACUAUUUUCUUAAACAACCACAAGCAAUAUAUCGCUGCCCCGCUUUGUCUGCUCCACCAGAAAGCCAGCGGAGAAGUUCUCCCCCUGGCCAUCCAGCUCAGCCAGCAUCCUGGUCCUCAAAGUCCCAUCUUCCUGCCUACUGACGAGGAGUGGCUCUGGACCUUAGCCAAGACUUGGGUGCGAAACUCCGAGUUCCAUACCCACGAGGUGAUCGCCCACCUGCUCCGCGGUCACCUGAUGUCUGAGGUCUUCGCGGUGGCCACGUUGAGGACCCUCCCCAUGUGUCACCCGUUGUACAAGCUUCUGAUUCCUCACUUGCGUUACUCCAUCCACAUCAACGUCUUGGCCAGGACCUACCUGAUCAGUCAAGGGGGCACCUUCGAUAAGGCCAUUGCCACCGGGCGCCAGGGAUUAGCGGUGCUUCUCCAAAAAGCCACGGACCAACUGACCUACACCCAGCUCUGCCUUCCGGACGACAUUGAAGCCCGGGGAGUGGGCGACUUACUCCAAUACUACUACAGGGACGAUGGCCUGAAGAUUUGGGAAGCCAUCAAGAGCUUCGUCUCGGGCAUCGUCGGAUUCUACUACAAGAGCGAUUCAGCUGUCCAGGGAGACGUCGAGCUGCAGGCUUGGGUGGCUGAGAUCUUCGCCAAGGGGUUCCUGAGCAAAGAGACCUCAGGUGUCCCUUCCUCCAUCCAGUCCGUCCCAGAACUUGUCAAGUACCUGACCAUGAUCAUCUUCACCUGCUCGGCUUACCAUGCGGCGGUGAACAGCGGGCAGUUUGAGAUGGGGGCUUUCAUGCCCAACCUGCCUUCGUCCAUGAGGAAGCCCCCUCCCCAGGUGAAGGCCCCCCGCAGCCUGCAGGACUUCCUGGACACCAUCCCGGAAAUGAACGUCACCAGCCAGGUUCUCUCCGUCCUCUGGGUCCUGCAGAACGAGAGCCUGGACAUGAAACCGCUGGGCUACUACGACGAGGAGCACUUUGUGGAGGAAGGCCCGAAGCGGCUCAUCGGCGGCUUCCAGGAAUGCCUCAAGCGCAUCACGGCGGCCAUCGGCAACAGGAACCGGACCCUCACGCUGCCUUACGCUUACCUCUAUCCCCCCAACAUAGAAAACAGCACGACAAUCUAGGACGCUGGGUCGCUCAGCCUGUGCAUGUUGCUAGUCCUCAACGAGGGUUCCCGCCCGUGUUUUUCCCCCCCCCUUUCGAAAGCGGGGGAGAGAGGGAGGAUAUGAAGAGCAUUUUUUGGCGGCAGAAAUGCACGAAUUCCUGCCUCCAGGAAUCCUCCAGGCAACAGAAGAGGCGAAAUGCAGCUGCGUCCAAGGUCGUAUCGUCGUACGGCUAGUCCUCUGCUUAUGACCAAAAUCGAGCCCAAAAUUUCCGUCACUAAGCAAGACGUAUUUUUUUUUUUAAAAAGUGAGUUUUGCCCCCACAUUAUGACCUGGCCGUUAAGCGAAUCGCUGCGGUUGGUAACUUAGCGGCCCGGUCGUUAAGCGAACCCAGCUUUCCCCUCAGAAGGUCGCAAAAAAAGGGGGGAUAUCGUGGGACCUCGGGACGCCAGCGACGGUCACAAAUAUGAAUUUGCAUCCCACGGAGGGAGGGGGAGGGGCUGCGAAGGUCAUAACUGUGAAACACGGGACUUUGAACCGGGACCAUCGUAACUUGGAAUGAUCGCUAAACAGAGGGUCGUAAGUGGAGGACUAGCUGCGGAUUCCCUUCUCGGAGUUCAUGGGCAGCUGACUGGGCAAUUACGAUUAGUAAUUACUAUUAGUAAUUUUAAUUUGGGUUUAAUUUGGGUUUUAUGUUUUUAAUCUGUAUUUUAAUCAAUGGGCCAAAUUGAAUAGGUUUUUUAAAUGGGUUUUUAGCUGUAUUGUAUAUUGUAUUGUAUUUUACUUGGCUGUAAACCGCCCUGAGUCCUUCAGGAGAAGGGCGGUAUAGAAAUUAAUUAAAUUAAUUCUGCGGAAACUAAUUUGGGGACAAGUGGCCCUUUUGCAAGGAAACAUGUCAAGGCCGCCUGGUAUUUUUUGUU